AAUACCUGCGUCCCCUUUGGAGGAACAUGUUUACCCUGUACCCAACAUCCGGACUCUCUCAUAACUUCUAAAUGACGAGGAGAAACAGUCACAUUAUGCGCUGCUUACUUUAUCUAUACGGUUGAAAUCUUGAGCUUAUAGAACAAUUAAAUCUUAAAAACAUGUCAUGGCACUGAUUUCUGAUUGGAAAAAAGAACUGGCUAAACACCUCCCUGGAGGGAAACCAGAGGACUUUGAAGUUUUGGUCGCUAGGAUGGACUACGGCAUGAAUGACGAGGACCCUGUGGAAAAAUUUCCUUUCUACAGCAAGUUUAAUCUUAAUGUGGCAAAGUUCAUCACUGGAGACCAGGCAACCAGGAUGGGCACAACACGCUUUUCUGAGGAGCUGGUCAGGGUCUACUACAAGAAGGCUGAUGACAUGCGUGGAUAUCUUACUGCCAAGGAGAGUCUUGCCAUGUGGUGGAAGCAAUUUUUAGAUUCUCAGGAAUAAGAUCCAGAGGAAUCUGCCUGAAGUUUUGAAACACAAAGACCAAACCUGCAAGAAGAAAGCAAACAUUUUCUAAUAUCACUGGUUCAUUAUGAUUUAUACUAUUUCCAUGUUGCAUAAGGUGAGGGUGUUAGUAAUCGGUAAAGACACAAUUUGUCCUAAAAUGACUAAAAGAGUAUAGAUUAUUUAAUAUUUAGACCCUGAGCACAGGUCUUCAGAGACCUGUUAUUAAUGAAAGACACACUGAAUGUUUGUUUUCGUUCACCUAUUUGGGGGUGUAAAUUAUAUGUCCCAACAUGAUACCAUAUUAAAUCAGUUGUCUGGAAAAUGA